CCUCACGCGCUAGCACUUCCGCUUCGAGCCGGAAGCGCCUUGAAUAACGGGCAACACUCGUGCGCGUAAAGGGUUCUCUUGAUUUUGAGUGGCGAGAACGUCGUAGGCAACGGCGGCAGCGUGAGUGUGCCCGACACGGACACCUGCACCCUGAGCAGUGAUGCUGACCCCCGCAUUCGACCUCAGCCAGGACCCUGACUUCCUGACCGUUGCCAUCCGCGUGCCCUAUGCUCGGGUCUCCGAGUUUGACGUCUACUUCGAGGGGGUCGACUUCAAGUUCUACGCCAAGCCGUACUUUCUCAGAUUAACCCUUCCUGGAAGAGUUGUAGAAAAUGGAAGUGAGCAAGGAUCCUAUGAUGCAGACAAAGGAAUUUUUACCAUUCAAUUGCCCAAAGAAACUCCUGGUCAGCAUUUUGAGGGGCUGAACAUGCUGACUGCUCUUCUCGCGCCCAGAAAAUCUAGGACUGUGAAACCACUUGUGGAAGAAAUUGGUGCUUCUGAGAUUUCUGAGGAAGGCGUAGAAGAUGACGAUGAAGAAUUUGACUGGGAGAUUGAACAGUCCCCCUAUGAGGAGGUAUCAGAAGGUGCUUUGAAUCCACAGUGCUGCUAUGGAUUUGGCAACUUACGAUCAGGAGUGUUUCAGCGGUUACAGGAUGAAUUGAGUGAAGUUAUUGAUAUUGGGGACCCAGACUCUACUCCUGCAGCUGAACGAAGGCAGAAACGCCAGGCUGCUGAGCUGGCCAAAUUUGAUCCUGACCAUUACCUAGCUGACUUUUUUGAAGAUGAGGCAAUUGAACAGGUUUUGAAGUAUAAACCUUGGUGGACUGAUACAUAUUCAAAAAUGGUGGCUUCUUUGGGAAAGAGCCAGGAGCAAGAAAAUCAUGCUGCACUAGUGUCUUUUUCUGAAGAUGAGAAAUACCAGCUACGAAAAUUUGUCAAUAAAUCUUACCUGCUGGAUAAGAGAGCCCAGCGUCAAGUGUACUACAGUUUGAUUGAUAUCCUUCUGGCCUAUUGCUACGAGACUCGUGUCACCGAAGGGGAGAAGAAUGUUGAAUCUGCAUGGAAUAUCAGAAAAUUGAGUCCAACACUGUGCUGGUUCGAGGCUUGUACUAACAUUCACGAAAUCCUGGUGUCCUUUGGAAGAAGAGUUGUGUGCUACCCACUUUAUCGCCAUUUCAAGCUGGUGUUGAAAGCCCACAGAGAUACUGUAAAGAUACUACAACUAGGUAAAAGUGCAGUUUUAAAAUGUCUCCUGGAUAUUCACAAAAUUUUUCAGGAAAACGACCCAGCUUACAUUCUAAAUGAUCUCUACAUCUCAGACUACUGUGUGUGGAUUCAGAAAGCCAAGUCCAAAAAAUUGGCAGCUCUUGCAGAAGCCUUAAAGAAGGAGUCCCUUACAAAGGCCCAGCUGGGAUUAGAACUGGAAGAACUGGAAACGGCAGCCCUUCUUGUCCAGGAGGAAGAAACGGCAUUAAAAGCAGCCUGCUCAGUUUCCAGGCAGCAGACACCUUGCUCCAGUCCUGAGGAAAGUGAUUCAGAGGAAUCGGACAGUACCUCAUCCUCCUCAACCCAAGACUCGGAUUCAGAGCAAGAUGAGCUCCGAGAGAACGAAUCCAAGCCAGGAGGUUCUUUGCAGGGUCCCCUUCUCGAAGAAGGCAGUGCCCUGCUUAUUGAUGGUGGUGGGGUAUGCAGAAACAUGACCCUCCUGAAGUCUGAGGGCAGUCAGGGGAAGCCACUUGCCCCUUCUUGUGCUCUGGGAAGGUCUGGGCCUCUGAUAGAAGAGCUGGGAGACCAACUGAAAACCGCAGUCCAGGUUUCUGAAGCUGAGGGCUCGGUGGCUGGGAACGACAGCAGUGUGCAGGAAAAAGAUGACUGGCAGGCACCAAUUAAUUGAUUCCAAGUGGUCUUAUUCAUUGUCAAGAAUCGUGUCAGAUUUGGUUGCGUCCAUGAAUCAGAAUUCCUCAUUUUCACCCUGUACAUUUUUUUAGGAUAUAUAACAUUGUUUUUCAGUGAGCUAAUGCUUAUACCCUUUGCUUUCCUUGUUGCAGCUUUAAAAAUAAAGUUUUGAAGUGUUUUUACCAAAGUAAAACAAAGUAUGUACAAAAGUAAUUAAUGUUCGAGGUGAAAAUAAUAGUUCUACUGCCAGAAUCUCUAGAAUGUGGAGUCCAUUAAUAUUUUAAAUAGCUUUACUGGGAGGUACUUGACUGCACAUACUUCAGUGGUACAGUUUGGUAAGCGUUGACAUGGGUACACCAAGUGACACUGUCAUCACAAUCAAGAUCAUGAAUUUACCCGUCAUCCCCAGUGUCCUUGUGCUCUUUUGUAACCUCUCCCUCCUGCCCUCCCCACGUGUCACCCACCCCCAUUUCCCAUGCAAACACCAAUCUGCUUUCUGUCACUACACUUUAGGUUGCAUUUUCUAGAAUUUUAUGUAAGUUCAAUUAUGUAAUAUAUACUCUUUUUUUGUGAGGCUUAAUCUACUCAGUGUAAUUAUUUUGAGAGUCCUCCAUGUGGUAGCAUGUAUCAAGAGGGUUUUUGUUUGUUUUUUAAUUGCUGAAUAGUAUCUCAUAGAAUAGGUUUAUCCAUUCGCUUAUUGAUGGACAUCUGGGUGGUUUCCAGUUUUGGGCUCUUCCAAAUAAAGCUGUUUUCAACAUUUGUAUACAACUCUUUGUGUUAACAUAUGCUUUCAUUUCCCUCAGGUAAAUGUCUGGGAGUGAAAUAACUGACUCGUACAGUAGGUGUACGUUUGACUUUUUAAGAAACUGUCAAACUGUUUUCCAGAGUGGUUGUACCAUUUUAUGUUGCCACUAGGAGUGCAUGAGGGUCCCAGUUCCUCUUCUUUCUUCUCAUCACUUGGUAUGGCCAGUCUUUUUCAUUUUUACCAUUCUAAGAAGCACACAGUGGUGUCUCACUGUGGUUUUAAUUUGCAUUUCUCUGAGACUGAUGAUGUUGAGCAUCUUUUCGUAAGCUUAUUUGUCAUCCCCACAUCUCUGAUGAAAUGGCUAUUCAAAUCUUUUGCCCGUUUUUCAGGCUGAGUUGUUUCUCAUUUUUGAGUUUUGAGAGUUCUUUAUCAAUUCUGGGUACAAGUCCAUUAUAACAUGUUUUGCAAAUAUUCUCUUCUACCUUGUGGCUCCUUUUUAUGCCCUUAACAGUAUCUUUCAAAGAGCAGAAGUUUUUUAAUUUGAUGAAGUCCAGUUUAUCAGGUUUUUCUUUUUAUAGACUGUGCUUUUGGUGGUGUAUCUUAAAAAGCUUUACCUAAUCCAAGGUUACAAAGGUUUUCCCCUAUUUUUCUUCUAGAAGUUUUAUAGUUUUUGGCUUUACAAUUAGGUCUGUGAUCAAUUUUGAGUUAAUUUUUUAAUAAAAUGUGAGAUAGAGGUCAAGAUUCAUUUUCUUUCCCAUAUGGGUGUUCAGCUGUUCUGAUGUUAUUUUUGAAAAAACUGCCCUUUCUGCAUUGAGCCUUUAUCAAAACCCAAUAGACUAUAUUUUUGUGGGUUUGUUUUUAGACUCUUUAUUCUGUUGUUUUGGGCUAUGUGCCCAUCCUUUUUCCCUUCUGAGUAUAUAGAUCAGUUUGGGGAGAAAUGACACCUUAACAAUAUUGAGUUUUCCAACCCAUGUAUGUCCUAGUUCUCCAUUUAUUUAGAUCUUUAAUUUCUCUCAGCAGUUGUUCGUAGUUUUCAAUAUAUAUGUAUUUUAUAUCUUUUUUAUUAAAUAUUUCAUAUUGUUUGAUGGUGUUCUGUAAAUAGCACUUUUGUAAAUGGCUGUCAUCCAUAUCUCUGGUCUUUUUCCUCUGGCUGCUUUUAAAGUAUUAUCUGAAUCACCAGUGCUAAACAAUUUCAUUAUGAUGUGCCUAGGCGUAAUUUUCUUCAUAUUUCUUGUGAUUGGGGUUUGUUGAGAUUCUUGAGUCUGAAGGGUUUAUAGUUCUAUAGAAUUUGCAGAGUAUUAAGCCAUCCAUUAUUUUUUCUGUUCCCCCCUCUCAUUUUGGAGACUCUAUAUGUAUCACUGUCCUGCAGCUCACUGAUGCUUUUUUUUUAUAUUUUUCCCUGCAUGUUUUGUGUAGUUUCUAUUGCCAUGCCUUCAGGUUCACUGAUCUUUUCUUCUGUAGUAUCCAGUCAUCUUUCAUUCAUUCUAUCCAGUGUAUUUUUCAUCUCAGACAUUGUAGUUUUCAUCUCUAGACAUUAGACUUGUUUUUUUUGUUCUAUUUUAAAAAUAUAUCUUCUAUGCAUCAACUUAAGUUUUUGAACAUAUGGAAUACAGUUAUUCUAACUUUUAACAUUCACUGAUUCUGACAUCCAGAUCAGCUCUGGAUCGGUACCAACUGAGUUUUCUCUCCAUCAUGAGCACGUUUUUCUGCUUCUUUAUAUGCCGUGUAAUCUUUGACUGGAUGGAUGCCAAGCAUUGUGAAUUUUACUUUGUUGGGUACUGGAUAUCUAUUCCUAUAAAAAUUCUUUUGUUUGGAGAUGCAGUGAAGUUGUUUGGAAAUAGUUUGAUCCUUUUGGGCCUUGCUUCUGUAAUUUGUCAGCAGGUCUGCAGGAGUGCUCCAUCUAUAGGAAUUAUUCCCUAAUACUGAGGCAUGGUCUUCUGAGUACUCUACCCAGUGCCUGUGAACUAAGAGUUUCUGCAGUCUGGCUGACAGUAAUAGGUGCUGUUCUUGGCCCUGUGUGAGUGCUGAGUGCUGUUCCCACUAGCCCUUUCAGGCACUUCUUUCCCUGGCCUCAGAUAGUUCCUCACUACAUGCCUUGAUCAGUAAGUACUCUCUUGAAUACUCAAGGGGGACCCUCUGUUUAUCUCUGGGAUUCUCUGUGCAGCUCUCACCUCUCUGUUUCUCUGUCCUGUGAACUCUAGCUGCCUGGGUUUCCCUAAAUCCUCAGUUCUGUCUCCUGAACUCUAGGAGGCCCCUGGGUUCUACCUGGGCUGUCCCUCCCUGCACAGCCUGGAAAGCCUUUCAAGGCAGUAAGCUGGACAGUCAUAGGCACACCUUGUUUCCCAUCCCUUAGCAUCCCUGUCUUUUGUAACCUGAUGUCCAGGGUCUUGAAAGCCAUUGUUUCACGUGUUGCUUCUUUUCUGGUGUGUCAGGUGGGAGGAUAAAUCUGGCCCUAUGAUGCCAUCUUGAUCAGAAGCAUAAAUCUCCCAUUGAUAUUUUAAAUAUAAAUUUUUGUACUUGAGUGUAAGGUCCCAGGGGGCAGGGUGUGUGUCUUGUUACCACUGAAUCUUGGUUCCCAUGGUCUCAGUGCUUCAUAAAUAUUUGUUGAAUGAAAGAACAUGAAAUAAACCAAUUUGCCUUGGGAAGGAAAUGAAAUGAAACCGGUAUGUAUUAAUUUCAGUAGCAUUUUUAUGUCAAGAAAGGCUAUGAUCCCUUUUACUUUGGGCUUAUAAAGCUUGUGAGUAUUUCUAUUUCCAAUAUAAACUCCAGCUUGUAUAAGCAUGAUAGUUAGGAUGACUCUACCAUUUGACAUGCAUGUUAACGCUUGAGCACUACAUCAGCAUUGUCAGAAUGUGUUCAAGACUUUCUCAGGCUCCCCGGAGAGCUUCAGAAUCCCUACAACCAUUGAAAGUUCGUGUCUCCUCAGUACUACGUUACCUGAAGCCAGUUUGAAAAAGCAUUAUCUGUUACUCCUCUCAUUUACACUGAUAUUGGUGGACUGAUCUUGGGUGGAAAAACCUGUUACUCCCUUCCUCAAAGAACGAGCAAACAUGAUUCUUCCCGGACAUCCUCAAAACAAAGGAGCUCAUUAAACAAUGCUCAUGUACAUUACAGACAACAUGAGUGACCCCUUGAAUUUCAGACUCCACGUCCACAGCGUUUCCCUUACCCUCUUUGUUCACAGGGGGCUAAAGCUUUGUUAUAUCACAUUACCUUGUUUAAGAUGGAUGAAGAACACUAUACCGUGUCUGUAACCCAAAACAUGUCCAAAGGUGCUGCCUUUUAUUUUUUUUAAACUGGACACCUGCCAAGCAACUUUAGGGAUCGCCUGUACCACAUGAAGGAGCCCUGGUGGCACAAUGGUUAAGUGCUUGGUUGCUAACUGGAAGUUUAGAGGUUUGAACCCACCAGCCGCUCCACGGGAGAAAAGACCUGGUAAUUUGAUCCAGUAAAGAUUUUAGCCUAAGAAACCCUAUGGAGCCAUUCUGUUCUGUCUUACAGGGUAACUAUGAGUCAUAAUAGACUCGAUGGCACACAAAAACAACAUAACCAUAUGAGUUUCCUAAGCACCCUGGGCGAUGGGAGAAACAUAAGUUGGGGAAAGCACAGGGAGGAGACCUGAGUGAUGCCUAGUCAGAGCACAGUGGGAAGAACCAAGGCUUUAGGGUUGACGACACACAGAGUUGAGUUCAAAUCGGCACAGUUGGGACCAGCACACAGGCACGCCAACCUUUGAACUUUUUUCUUCAUCUUAUGCACGGGACCAGAACUACUUUCCUGCUUGUGUUACAGGAUUAUGAAACUGUCCAAAACACUUUAUAAACUGGAAACCAUUACGCCACAUAAGGCUCUAUUAUUAUUGUCUUGCUUCCCAGAACCUAACAGGGAACUACCUGGCAACAGGUCGCUGGGGGAGCUGUGAGUCAGCCCCGCUAAUAGUUUCAGAGGCAUGCUAGUGUUAAAAGUCUGUACAGUUCAGCAGAUUAGAUAGAAAUAUUAAUUAUAUCAGUGAAUCACAGCAUUGCCUCAUCUUCUGGGUUUGCAUAAUCAUUGACCUAUUUUUCUCUUGUCCCCUCUCUCCUCUCCCGUUAUCCUUGAAGAAUAAUGCAGGGCCCGACUGUGGGCAGGUCGCAUUUAGGUGCCUGUAACUAGGCUGCUAUCAUCUUUCACGGGCACAAGAUUAAUUUACAGAUGAGACAGGGCUGCUGUCUACCACAUUCUAAAUGGGUAGAACAGCUGGGGGAUGGUUUUCACACCUGCUAAUGGUUGUGCGGAUCAAAUUCUGUUACCAAGAGUUGAGGGGAGGAGAGACAAGGCCAAGUUUUCUCAGGUAUAAGAUUUUAUAAAAAUUAGUAUUUUAAAUCAGAGAGGCUGCUGGAUAUCUAUCUUGUUAUGGAGAGAUUUUUAUAUGUUGUAACUGGAACUUGACCUAGUUAGUCAAUGAUGCCAAAACAGAAUCCUCUAAGAGAAAACAGAAAUGAGUUAAUGACUUAACAACUUAAUCUAGGAACAAAAGUAUAAAAAAUACACCAAAUUUCAGGGGAUAUCUAAGUCAACUGGCAUAAUAAAAUCUAUUAAGAAAACAUUCUGCAUCCCACUUUGGAGAGUGGCAUCUGGGGUCUUAAACACUAGCAAGCGGCCAUCUAAGAUGCAUCAAUUGGUCUCAACCCACCUGGAGCAAAGGAGAAUGAAGAACACCAAGGACACAAGGUAAUUACCAGCCCAAGAGGUAGAAGGGGCCACACAAACCAGAGACUCCAUCAGCCUGAGACCAGAAGAACUAGAUAGUGCCCAGCUACAACCGAUGACUGCCCUGACUGGGAACACAACAGAGAACCCCUGAGGGAGCAGGAGAGCAGUGGGAUGCAGACCCCAAAUUCUCGUAAAAAGGCCAGACUUAAUGGUGUGACUGAGACUAGAAGAACCACGGUGGUCAUGACCCCUAGACCCUCUGUUAGCCCAAGACAGGAACCAUUCCCAAAGCCAACUCUUCAGACAGGGAUUGGACUGGACAAUGGGAUAGAAAAAGAUGCUGGUGAAGAAUGAGCUUCUUGAAUCAAUCUGGAGGGGAGAUGAGAGGGCAGAAGGGGUCCGAAGCUGGUGGAAUGGACACAAAAAGAGAGUGGAGGAAAGAAGCGAGCUAUCUCGUUAGGGGGAGAGCAAUUAGGAGCAUAUAGCAAGGUGUAUAUAAGUUUUUGUAUAAGAGACUGACUUGAUUUGUAAACUUCCACUUAAAGCACAAUCAAAAAAAAUACACCAAAGCCUCCAAACUUACUAGGUUUAAAAAUGCAGAAUGCCCCCCUGUAUAAAAUCGUCUGUAUGGACUGACUGACAUUCCACAUCAGGUAACUUCAAGUGAAGCUUCAUACACACAAACCUUCCUGAGUGUUUAGUCAGGCAUCUCCAUGAAAGCAAAUCAGAUAUUGCAAAUGUUUCCUUAACAUCAUUCCAUCUCAGUCCCCGAGGGAAUUUUUGUUUGUGGCCGGCUCCCUUUCCCGCCAGUUUUCUGAAAGUGUUAUAUAUAGUUUCAAUCCAUACCAAGUGAAGGAAGCAUUGAUUAGACUUGAUUUAAGGCAGCGAGUGAUAAAUGCAGCUGGGAAAUUGAUUGAUGCCUCUCAAGUGACUAGGGCACAGCCAUCCACAGUUGACACAACUCUUGUCUCAAGGCUGGAGAAAACAAACAGGGAAACACAUGUCAGACAGAUAAAUGACUCCGCUGUCUGGGGCUUUCUGCGGAGGCCAUUUGUUUCCGAGAUAAGGAAGACUGCUCUCCAAAGUCACCAAGAGAUAAGCUAGAGGAAAAGGAUGAAUGUGGAAUCAAGACGCCUCAGCACUUGAAAAAAUAAAAAGGAAGAAGGGGUUUUUACCUCCGGGAGCAAUCUUGUAUGUGGGUCUGCUGUCGUUUUGCCUCAGUCAUGCUGGGAGCAGCGGUUUGGCCGGGCAGGCCUAGUCCUAGCGAGGACCACGUGCGGAAGGCUCCGUGUCUCCGGUAUUUUAAGUGUUGGCAGUGGCAUGCUGUUAUCGUUGAUGGUGUUUCCAGGGAGGCAUUUCCCUGGAGUGAGCGAGCUCUCAGGGGAAGGGGCAGCAGAACAGGGCUGACUGAAGACCCACUUCCAGCCACCUGGCCUGAAGUACCCCUGGCUCCAGUAGUUUGGCCACCCGCCCAGAAGCCCUGUGAAAACAGGAGCCCCAUCGCAAACCAGUGUCU